UUUAGAAAGAGCUGAAACCCGGAUGUAGACGUCAGUGGUCGUGAGAUCGCUGUUGUCAAUACAUAGAAAUCAAGACAUACAUUAAUCGAACAGUGUAAAUAGUUUUGAUCACACCACUGACAUGUCUACUCCAGCCAGAAGAAGACUAAUGCGCGAUUUCAAAAGAUUACAAGAGGAUCCCCCUGCUGGUGUUAGUGGUGCUCCUACUGAUAACAAUAUUAUGCUUUGGAAUGCUGUUAUAUUUGGGCCUCAUGACACACCUUUUGAAGAUGGUACUUUCAAGUUAACAAUAGAAUUCACAGAGGAGUAUCCAAACAAACCUCCAACAGUCCGAUUUGUGUCAAAGAUGUUUCACCCUAAUGUGUACGCUGAUGGGAGUAUAUGUUUAGAUAUAUUACAGAAUAGAUGGAGUCCUACAUAUGAUGUGUCAGCUAUACUUACGUCAAUACAGUCACUGCUACAUGAUCCGAAUCCAAAUAGUCCAGCCAACAAUGAGGCUGCCCAGUUGUAUCGAGAGAACCGACGGGAAUACGAGAAAAAAGUGUCAGCGAUCGUUCAGGAAAGCUGGAAUGAUGAGGAGGAAGAUGAAGAGGAGGCGAUGGCUUGCUCUUAGCAUCCCGUUCCACCACAACAUAUAUUUGUAGGACAUUUUCUGGCAGGUCGGCCUGUAGGUGGGGCGGAGCGGUCACCAGUGAUCGCAUUUGAGGACAGACAGCUGGCUCUCGGAACUGUUCUCUCCUCUUCCCUCUCGCUGGCUUAUUUUUGCCGUUUGUUCUCAAUUUGUGAUGUGUUGUUGGGGGCGGGCACCAUCUCUCCUCCUCACCACACUCGGACGACAUCAGUGUAUCAGUUAACAUUUCCAUUGCAUUUUAAGUCUCCUGCUGUGUAUGUAUGUACCGAAGUGAACAGUAUACUGUAACUGGCUUCAGUGAAUAAGGAAAGCCUGUAUCACAUCAGGAAUUUUACGUUUUCUCAACCAGAGGUAGGAUGGAGAUUUUGGUUCAUCUUAAAAUCUUUGCUGCCGCAUUCUUUAUCCUUCUGAUGUAUUGUCCCAUUGAUUGUUUUUCAGUCUUUGUUAGACGAACCCAACCCAAACAGUCCAGCUAAUAACAUAGCAGCCCAGCUUUACCAAGACAACCGGCGCGAGUAUGAGAAGCGUGUUAAGACGGUUGUUGAAGAAAGUUGGAUUUACCUAGGGGAGGUGUAAUGAAUUUCCUGGUAUCACUCUAACCUGACUCCUUGCCACUUCAAUGUCAUUGUUCACCCUUGUCAUUGUACUUUCUCCACUGGCAUAUCGGUACAUUUCGGGAGGAAUAAAUACAGAAGCAUGUAAAUCAUAAGAACAGAUACACGUCAUUUAACUGAGUUGUUACUUUGAUUAUUAGUUUGUUAUUCCCAGUCAGUAGGUUUAUAUUUAUUAUUUGUUGAGUUAAAUGUUUACAAGGAGAUAAAAACAAAGUUCAUUGAUAAUUUUCAUUGCUUGAGAAUCAUGUCCAGUGUGGCUCCUUUGAAAUAGUGGAGGGUUGAUUUUGUUUUCUUUUGUCAUAUAUCUUUGUUUUAAUAGUUUUUUAAAUAAUGGAAGGAAACUAGAGAUCUGGAUAUUUGAUUGCUACUUUUGAGUUGCUCGUGGCGUCCUUAACAUGGUAAUAUUGAUUGCAUGUUGUCCACAAUCCAUUUUCUCGAGGCAUUUUCUCCAUUGUGUCCUGUGAACUUGUCCAUGUUCUCCAGCUGGAUGCAAACUAAUCACAAUUGUUACUGUCGUAAUGCCAUACUCUGCAGCUUGACCAGUUUUUUUAUCGUCUCGUUUGUAGAAUUAUCAUUAUUCUGUUAACUAAUCUCAAUUCAAAUGUGAUGUAAUGACUGUAGCGGCACCAGGAGACUUGACCUGAUGGACAACCUAGGUUUACAGUACCAGGUUUAUGCUAGUCAGGCUUACAUACAAAAUGGGAAGGGAUUGGGUCAAUUUGCCAUUACGGCAUGCUAACUGUUAAACUAUCGUGAGCUGAGAAAGAUGGCUGCUUCUGUACAAUGUAACAAUUAUUAUUGAAUGCACGUGUAAUUUUUGUGUUCAUGAAGACGGUAAGUCUUUGUAAUGUAGAGGCUGUACAAAGUGUAAUAAAGACAAAAUCAAACUUA